AUGAACACGCAAAAUCCGGCCCCAAGCUGGACCGACAUAGAAGACGCUACUCGAAGUGAUGUCGGAUCACCAUCGACAACGUUGGUCGAUUCCCCGGCAUGGCACUACGAUGACACGGUUGUCACUGACUUUGGGCCUGCAUCGCUCGACGACGAAGUGCAUAUCGUCGAAUGCUCCGAUUGCUCCAAGCCCGUUCUCAGAGAGGCAUUGAGCUUCCAUGAGCAGAAUUGCAAGCUUGUCAGGGACAUUGCAUGCGGUCGCGUCUCACCCUCGAUCAUGGAAGGCGAUCUUCGCAAGCGUCGAAUGAUGGAAGAUGAUGACGACAGCAUCCUCGGCGAUGACACAGGCACACUUCUGACCAAGAAGCAGAAGAAAGACAAGCGGCCUGCCGAAGAGAAAAAGACAGGCGGUCGAAAGAACAAGGGCCCCAUAGAUGUCGAUAAGCAGUGCGGUGUGAUCAACGACAAGGGAUUGCCAUGUUCGCGAUCGCUAACGUGCAAAUCGCAUUCCAUGGGAGCCAAGCGUGCUGUUGAAGGUCGAUCCGCACCCUACGAUGCGUUGCUGUUCGAAUGGCAGAAGGCUACCAAUCCGAGUUUCGUCGCUAAACUCGAAGAGAAAGAGAAAGCAAUUGCUGCUGCCAAAGCUGCUGCCGCGGCGGCACCGCCGAAGGAGAAAAAGAAGAAGUCGGCCAAGGAUGGCAAGUCGAAAAGUGGCGCUGGAGCGGGUGGUGGUGGGGCAGGUGGAGCAGCAGGUUCAGGUGCAGGAGGCGCAGGCGGUUCAGCAAGGGUGUUUAUCGAGCACGACGAUAUGGACAUGUUCGAUGCAGGCGCCGACCAGGAUCAGAUGGACCAGGAGUUGAUUUCGGUGCUAGGCUCGAUUGCCCAUGCUGCUUCGAGGGAUCGAACCACCCCGCUUCCGCUUGCGACAAGGUCGUUUGCAGGCUGCUACACCAGCCGCGCCAAACGCAUGCGCAACUUGCGUGAGUUGCUGAGGGAAGGCCUGGCUCCCGGUGGUGGUGCUUACGGCAUCAAUGGCUAUGCUACUUGGAAUAACCACCAUCGUCAGGCUCGCUACGCACCACCAGGAGGCUCUGGCAGUGCACCCAAGAAGGGCGUUGCUACCAGCGCGUGA